AUGCAAACACCAAGAACGGUCCGCUUGGUACACGUUUGCUUCCAGAACCUGAUUUCACGUGCGGUCAUAUCACCACUACCACCACCAGCAUCGUACGGGUUUGCCCCAUCUUCCAGCGCCGUGCAAACAUCAUCCCGCCGCACAAAUACGAUGCUGAUCACGUCAACGAUACGAGCUACAACGGCAAACGCACGAUCCCGGCCUAUUAUUCGUCUGUUGAGCGCCACCACCAACAGUCCAUUAUCGUCCAACAGCACGUCCAGUGGUGUACAGAAUCAGAACCGUAACGUAGCAAACGACUGCAAGCAGAAGCACAAGCAUUUGGCCAGCUGUCCAUACACUAGCAGGCAAGAUUUUGAAACAUCACCCUUCAUCACGACACAGCACCGCAAUAUGAGUUCCAGUGUUGCCGCCAAACAAGGGCUUGUGGCCGUCGAAGAAGCACGCCGUUUCAUGGUGGACUGUUUGGUGAAAUCGAAGACACCGCUUGCCCACGCAAAACAGCAAGCCGAUUUACUGCUGGAAGCGGACUAUCGGGGACACUUUAGCCACGGUAUGAACCGGCUCGAGAUGUACAUUAACGAUCUGCACAAGAAUGCGUGCAGCGGUGAAGCGGUUCCUACGAUCCUCAACGAAACGCCCGCUACCGCUUGGGUUGAUGGGAACAAUGGGCUCGGUGCGGUGGUCGGUAACUUUUGCAUGGAUUUAGCAAUCCGCAAAGCGAAGGAGGUUGGUGUUGGAUGGGUUUGCGCUAAGCGUUCGAAUCAUUACGGAAUUGCUGGAUGGUAUACGCUGCGGGCGAUGGAUUCCGGUUGUAUUGGCAUGUCCAUGACCAACACCUCCCCGCUGGCAAGUCCAACCCGCAGCAAAGAAGCAGCCCUAGGUACGAAUCCUAUUUCGGUUGGAGCCCCAGGAAAAGAUGGCGAUGGUUUCGUGCUCGACAUGGCUACCACUGCUGUAGCGGUCGGAAAGAUCGAAAUGCAGCGGCGUAAGAAUGAACCCAUUCCGGUCGGUUGGGCACAAGGACCCGAUGGACAUCCGACGACGGACGCCAGCGUAGCAUUCGACACCGCUUGUCUAAUGCCACUGGGUGGAACGGAAGUAACCUCCGGUUACAAAGGGUACGGUCUCGGUGCGAUGGUGGAAGUAUUUUGCGGCAUUCUGUCCGGAGCAAACUACGCCACGAAGAUACGAAAGUGGACACACGCUGGGGCCGAUUCGGAAGCCGAUCUCGGCCAGUGCUUUGUUGCCAUCAAUCCGGCCUGUUUUGCGCCAGGAUUUGAAGGACGGUUGUCGGAUCUGAAUAGCAUUCUGCGCAAUAUGCCGAUGACCGAUCCAAACCAUCCCGUGCUGGUUGCCGGUGAUCCGGAACGUAUGCACAUGGCAAAGGUGGAUAAGGAUGGUGGACUUCCUUACCAUGUUAACCAGAUUAAGACCUGUACCGAGCUGUCGGAACGUUUGGGUGUGAAGCCGAUUGAUGUGAUUUAA